ACAUUGGUUGACAGUCAGUGAAUUCUCAUGAAAGCGCUUGUUGGCUGUGUACAAGCAGCGGUGUCUUUUCCACACAAAAGCUUCUGCGGUUUAAGUUUAUGUUUUACAGGACCGCGAGAGUCAUUUCAAAAGCACCUUUCCAAUCUCUGCGGCAGCUUUUUUGGUUACGAAAUUCCCGAAAACUGACGUCCAAAAUGUCCUUUCAGUAUCCCCAGGCUUACCGCGACGAGUCAGUUGUGGAUGACUAUCAUGGCUGCAAAGUACCUGACCCUUACAGCUGGCUGGAGGACCCUGACAGUGAAAAGACACAGGCCUUUGUCAGUGCUCAGAACCAGCUCACUUUGCCAUUUUUAGAGCACUGUGAGGUGCGAGAGCUGUUCAAAGAGCGCAUGACUGAGCUGUACGACUAUCCAAAGUAUAGCUGUCCCUUCAAGAGAGGAAGCAGGUACUUUCACUUUUACAACACAGGCCUCCAGAACCAGAGUGUGAUGUAUGUGCAAGAGAGCCUAGAUGCCGAGCCCACAGUCUUCUUAGAUCCAAACACAUUUUCUGAGGAUGGGACAGUUGCUCUGCGAGGCUAUGCAUUCUCUGAGGAUGGGGAGUACCUGGCAUAUGGCACUAGUGCCAGUGGGUCUGACUGGGUGGAGAUCCGCUUUCUGCGCGUUGAGGGUGCUGUGCCUUUAGAGGACCGCCUGGAGCGAGUCAAGUUUAGUUGCAUGUCCUGGACCCACGAUGGGAAGGGGCUUUUUUACAACUCGUAUCCUGACCAGGAGGGCAAAAGUGAUGGCACUGAGACCUCCACUAACCUGCAUCAGAAGUUAUACUAUCAUGUUCUGGGGACUCCACAGUCUGAGGACGUCCUAUGUGCAGAGUUUCCUGAUCACCCCAAAUGGAUGAGUGGAGCAGAAGUAUCAGAAGAUGGGCGCUACGUGCUGCUGUCUAUCAGAGAAGGUUGUGAUCCUGUCAACAGACUGUGGUAUUGUGACCUCAAGACCACUCCUCAGGGUAUUACAGGACUUUUGCCAUGGGUAAAAUUAAUCGACAACUUUGACGCCGAGUACGAAUACGUGACGAACGAGGGCACAUUGUUCACCUUCAAGACCAACUUAGACGCCCCGCGUUACAGACUAAUCAACAUCGACUUUGCCUCUCCGGAGCAGAGCAGCUGGAAGGAGCUCCUGCCUCAACAUGAGAAGGAUGUCAUUGUGUUUGCCACCUGUACAUACUCCAGCUAUUUGUUUGUGUGCUUCCUCCAUGAUGUGAAGAAUGUGUUGAAAAUGUAUCGUCUGAGCUCAGGAGAGGAGCUGAGGACCUUCCCUCUUGAUGUUGGAUCCAUAGUAGGGUUCACAGGACGAAAGCGAGACUCUGAGAUCUUCUAUUAUUUCACUUCUUUCCUGUCUCCAGCCAUCAUUUACCAUUGUGACCUAACCAAGGAGCCCCUGCAGCCCCAUAUCUUCAGAGAGGUCACUGUCAAAGGCUUCAACCCCUCCGACUACCAGACCACACAGAUCUUUUAUCCCUCAAAGGAUGGCACUCAGAUACCCAUGUUCAUUGUUCACAAGAAGGGCAUCAAAAUGGACGGCUCCCAUCCAGGUUUUUUAUAUGGCUACGGGGGCUUUAACAUCUCCAUCACGCCAAGCUACAGCGUGUCCAGACUCAUCUUUGUCAGACAUCUGGGAGGAGUUUUAGCUGUCGCCAACAUCAGAGGAGGAGGAGAAUAUGGGGAGACCUGGCACAAAGCUGGCAUGCUGGCAAAUAAACAGAACUGCUUCACAGACUUCCAGUGUGCAGCUGAAUAUCUAAUCAAGGAGGGAUACACUUCUCCCUCCAAACUGACUAUAAAUGGAGGCUCCAAUGGUGGCCUGCUUGUAGCGGCCUGUGUAAAUGAGCGGCCUGAGCUGUUUGGAUGUGCAGUAGCUCAGGUGGGCGUCAUGGACAUGCUGAAGUUCCACAAGUUCACAAUCGGGCACGCCUGGACCACAGACUUUGGCUGUUCAGAAGACAAAGAGCAGUUUGAAUGGCUGAUCAAAUACUCCCCACUUCAUAACAUCCGUGUCCCAGAAGGCAAUGGGGUCCAGUACCCUGCUGUGCUUUUGCUGACAGGUGACCACGAUGACCGGGUAGUGCCUCUGCAUUCCCUCAAGUACAUCGCCACUUUGCAGCACAUUGUAGGUCGCAGCCCCAAGCAGACAAAUCCCCUUUUCAUCCUUGUGGACACAAAGUCAGGCCACGGUGCUGGAAAGCCCACGAGCAAAGUCAUUCAGGAGGUGGCUGACACUUACGCCUUCAUCGCUCGCUGUCUCAACAUCUCUUGGGUCAAAUAACCUGCACCUACCUUUUAAAGUGUGUGGUGUUUCUCUUUUUUUCUUUUUUUAAUCCUUUGGUCAAACCAUAUUUAGAAUACCGUUAAUACCAGAAUACCGUUAAUACCAGAUGUUGACACAUUGUUUAUAGCACUGCUACCUUUUUUUUUUCUCCUUUUUUUUUUUUUGUGCUGAUCUGUUUUUGUCCCUCCCCCUGUGUGAGCAGAUUAGAUCACAGAGUCAUCAGGCUCUGCCAUGCACACAAAUAUAAGCCAACAUGCAUCUCUCACACCUAAUGUGUUGUUUGUUCUGUGUAGUCACAGGGGGCUCUUUUCAAGGAUGAUGCAGUAAUCAGCCAAUCAGCCGUUAAAGUCAUGAGGUGAAAAUAGCAAAAAGUUCAUUUCAAGAUUGUUCCUGCUCCCUUUGGGUGCUGCAACGUGAUGUGUGUGUUAUUUAUUUCUGGAUUGUGCGCAGAAUGGAGUCUGUUUGAUGUCAGAUGAUGUCAGUACAUACAAAUGUUAGUGACAGUAUUACACGGAUGAUGGUACUGCUGGUGGAUGAAAUGAAAACAAAUGCAAAAAAAAAAUCUGUUUCCAUGGGAAAGUGUGUGUGUGUGUGUGUGUGUGUGUCUGUGUGUGUGUAAAUGUCAGUCCUUACAUUAAUUUCAGACUGAUGAUUUCUACCUCUUGACUUGUGCUGAUUGUUUUCCUUUUCAAAGGAAACAAAACACAAUGCCACAAAUACAAUAAAUAACUUUUUCAACAGUGA